UCAGGACAAGAGAUUUGAGUCGCGAGCUGGUCGAGAGCGGUACGAGUGUGUUGUACGCGUCGGGAGUCGUUACCACAGAGAGCGAGUCGAGCCCAGCAUACCGCAACGUCCAUGGAGACGCCGUGACAUGACGGACGCGGGUCGGUGUCGCCAACCGCAGCGGGCAGGGGGGCCGUAUAGAGGGAGUACUGUGGUGAUGGUUCACCACAAUGUCGUAGAUAAGAUGAUAAAAAAAAUAACUGUGACUAUAAAAAUAAGAGGCAGUUUCUAUGUACAAUAUUUUAUUUUUUUUUUAUCUUACUAGUGCAGCAUCUGUCAACGAAAAAUGAAAAUAAAUGUUUUUAAAGUUGUAUGAAAAGUGAAUUUACUAUACCGUGAAUUAACAACAUCAUAAAAUAUAGGAUCAGGUACUAUAAACUGGUCAGAUGUGGCAUUGAGAACUUUCGCAUUGUUUUUGGAGCGACGAGAAGUUGGUUCCUAAAUAAUUUAACCCACGCAAACCCGAUGGUGGGUCAAGUUUUUGACGUCGGAUUGUCGAGAAUACAACAUUUCAUGACAUCGUUUGGACACGAACAUUGAAUGUAAGGUGGAUCGGAAACAUCAGAAAGAUCCGGAAAAAUAGGAAUAUCAACAGUGAUAAUUCUGAUUUGGAGUUAAAUCAUUAAAAUUAUUCAAAUGAACAAUCCAAUCAGUAGUCGGAGAACGGACGUGGGAAAGAGAAAGUUAUACCCAUGCGAUUUAUGCGACAAAUCCUUCUAUCAAAGAGGUGAUUUGACAAAGCACCAGUGGACGCAUAUAGGCAAGAAACCGUAUCCGUGUGACGUGUGCGACAAAUCAUUCAACGAUAACAGCCAUCUAACAAUACACCGGAGGACGCACACAGGUGAGAAACCGUAUCCAUGUGACGUGUGCGACAAAUCGUUCAGCGAUAACAGCCGUCUAAAAGUACACCGGAGGACGCACACAGGUGAGAAACCGUAUCCAUGUGACGUGUGCGACAAAUCGUUCAGCGAUAACAGCCGUCUAAAAGUACACCGGAGGACGCACACAGGUGAGAAACCGUAUCCAUGUGACGUGUGCGACAAAUCGUUCAGCGAUAACAGCCGUCUAAAAGUACACCAGAGGACGCACACAGGUGAGAAACCGUAUCCGUGUGACGUGUGUGACAAAUCAUUCAUCGAUAACAGCUGUCUAACGGAGCACCGGAGGACGCACACAGGUGAGAAGCCGUACCCCUGUGAUGUGUGCGACAAAUCGUUCAGCGUAAGCAGUAGUUUAACAAAGCAUCAUCGGACGCAUACAGGUGAGAAACCGUAUCCGUGUGACGUGUGCGACAAAUCGUUCAGUGUAAGCAGUAGUUUAACAACGCACUACCGGAAGCACACAGGUGAAAAACCGUACCCUUGUGACGUGUGUGACAAAUCGUUCAGUGAAAGCGGUAGUUUAACAAAGCAUUAUCGGAUGCAUACAGGUGAGAAACCGUACCCCUGUGAUGUGUGUGAUAAAUCGUUCAGUGUAAGCAGUAGUUUAACAAAGCAUCAUCGGACGCAUACAGGUGAAAAACCGUACCCUUGUGACGUGUGUGACAAAUCGUUCAGUGAAAGCAGUAGUUUAACAACGCACUACCGGAAGCACACAGGUGAAAAACCGUACCCAUGUGACGUGUGUGACAAAUCGUUCAGUGAAAGGAAUAGCUUAAUAAAGCAUCAUCGGAUGCAUACAGGUGAGAAACCGUUUCCAUGUGACGUGUGCGACAAAUCAUUCAACAAUAACAGCCAUCUAACAGUACACCGGAGGACGCACACAGGUGAGAAACCGUAUCCAUGUGACGUGUGCGACAAAUCGUUCAGCGAUAACAGCCGUCUAAAAGUACACCGGAGGACGCACACAGGUGAGAAACCGUAUCCGUGUGACGUGUGUGACAAAUCAUUCACCGAUAACAGCCGUCUAACGGAGCACCGGAGGACGCACACAGGUGAGAAGCCGUACCCCUGUGAUGUGUGCGACAAAUCGUUCAGUGUAAGCAGUAGUUUAACAAAGCAUCAUCGGACGCAUACAAGUGAUAAACCGUACCCCUGUGAUGUGUGCGACAAAUCGUUCAGUGUAAGCAGUAGUUUAACGAAGCAUCGUCGGAUACAUACAGGCGAAAAACCGUACACAUGUGAUAUGUGUGACAAGUCAUUCAGUCAAAGUUGUAUUUUAACAAAGCACCAGCGGACGCAUACCGACCAGAUUUUAUAGAUACGUAAUCUAAGGACUGAAUGCGUAGAUGAUGUUGGGUCAUCGUAUUCAGUUAUUGUUUGUUUAUUUUGUAUUAGUAGAUUC